AUGAAUUAUAGAAAGAAUCGGAAGUUAUGCGAUUUACUUGGUCAUCUUACUGCUGGGGAAAAUCUGCAGAUCGAAGCAGGAAGUAUCUAUACUAAAAGAUCAUCCUGGUCUAAGAAAUACCAAGUGCAUGUCAUAGAACAAGCAAGAGGAAAGAUAUAUGUCAGUCUAUGUAUAAGAUUUGUUCCACGUGACUGUAGCGACUUUCCACAGGAAAGUGUAUCAGGAGUAUACACAAUUUAUCCAAAAGAUACAAAAUUCGAUGUUUACUGUGACAUGGAAACAGCAGGAUUUGGAUGGACGGUUUUCCAAAGGAGAAUAAAUGGCACUAUCGAUUUUUACAAAGGAUGGUCUGAUUACGAGAUUGGAUUCGGAAAUUUGAAAUCAGAAUUUUGGCUAGGAAAUAAGUUUAUGAAUCUUCUUACAUCUACUGCAAAGUACAAGCUUUACAUUCAACUUGAAGAUUUUGAAGGGAAUUCACGAUACGCAGAGUACAGCGAAUUCAGUAUAGGAGAUGCUGCAACAAAUUAUAUUUUGAAUGUCGAUGGAUAUAGCGGAAAUGCAGGAGAUAGCCUGUCGCAUCCUGGCGACCAAAACCACAACGGUAUGAUGUUUUCCACCACAGACAGAGAUAACGAUAGAUCUACAGGCGACUGUGCAACAAAGUAUAAGGGAGCAUGGUGGUACAAUGCAUGUCAUAUGGCUAAUUUGAAUGGAGAAUAUUUAGGAGGACAGUACUCCACUGGAGCCAAUGGGAUCGUAUGGUGGAAAUGGAAAGGAUAUCAGUAUUCACUGAAGUCUACUAAAAUUAUGAUUAAACGACAUUAAGAAACGUUUUAUGAGCUUCAAAUUUAUAUAUUCGAAAGAAAAAAAUGAAGUUUCUAAAAGUGGUCAAUGCACAAAUUUUCAAAAGAAGUGC